AUGCCAGCCCCUGAGCAGACCCCGAUGGUGGAGGAGGGGCCGCCGCAGACAACACAGGAAACUUCCACAGGCCCAGGCAUGGAACCAGAGACUACCGCCACCACCAUUCUAGCUUCUGUAAAGGAACAGGAGCUCCAAUUUCAAAGACUUACCAGAGAACUGGAAGUGGAAAGGCAAAUUGUGGCUAAUCAGCUAGAAAGAUGUAGGCUUGGAGCAGAAUCACCAAGUAUCGCCAGCACAAGCUCUAUUGAGAAGUCAUUUCCUUGGAGAUCAUCAGAUCCUCCAACUACCAGUGCAAACAAACCCCGAGUAUCAGAGAGUGUUCAUACCAAUGCCUAUGACAUUAGGACAGAACCGGAGCAAGGGAACCUCUACUCACCUGAACAGACAUCUCUCCAUGAAAGGUCUGUAGGUAACUCAAGAAGUUCAACACAGAUGAAUUCUUACUCUGACAGUGGUUACCAGGAAGUAAGCAGUUUCCAUAACAGCCAAAACUUGAGCAAAUCAGAAAACAGACAGCAGCAUUCCCUUACUGGAACUGCUAAUAACCAUUUGGUGAGAAGCUCGCGAGCUGAAGGGCAGACAUCAGUCCAGCCUUCAAUAAAUAUUGCUACCAACCGAGUCAUGAGACGUGUCAGUUCAGUCCCAUCCAGAGCUCAGUCUCCCUCUUACAUGGUCAGCACGGGUGUUUCCCCUUCAAGGGGGUCGCUGCGAACAUCUCUGGGUAGCGGGUAUGGUUCUCCGCCAGUCACUGAGCAAAGGUCCCUUACUUCUCACGCAUAUUCAUCCACUACUCUGCCAGCACAGCGGGCAGCAUCCCCGUAUGCUGCACAGAGACCUGCCUCCCCAACGGCUGUGCGACGGAUCGGCUCAGUCACGUCCAGACAGGUGGCAAAUCCCAAUGGCGGGACUUCCCAAUACCAAGCAUCGGUCAGAGUUGGCUCUCCUCUCGCCCUUGCUGAUGUACAAACCAGAGUAGCUUCGCCAUCCCAAACUCAGCUGGGAUCUUCGUCCCCGAAGCGUUCUGGCAUGACUGCAGUUCCACAGCAUUUGGGUACAACACUUCAAAGAACAAUUCAUGACAUUGAACAGUAUGGACAGCAGUAUGAUGUAUACGAGAGAAUGGUCCCUCCACGUCCAGAUAGCCUUACAGGUUAG